AUGGUGCAGAAGUCGCGCAACGGGGGCGUGUAUCCGGGCACCUCGGGCGAGAAGAAGGUGGGCUUCGUGGGGCUGGACCCCGGCGCCCCCGAGUCCUCCCGCGACGGGGCCCUGCUGAUCGCCGGCUCCGAGGGCGGCGGCGGCGGCGGCGGGGACGGCGGCGGCGGCAAACGCGGCUCCAUCCUCAGCAAGCCCCGCUCGGCCGUCAGCGGGAAGCCGCCCAAGAGGAACGCUUUCUACCGCAAGCUCCAGAAUUUCCUCUACAACGUCCUGGAAAGGCCCCGCGGCUGGGCGUUCAUCUACCACGCUUACGUUUUUCUGCUGGUUCUCUCCUGUUUAGUCCUCUCCGUCUUUUCCACCAUCGAUGAUUACGAAGAGAGUUCUGCAUGGGCCCUUUACAGUCUGGAAAUUGUCACUAUUGUGGUCUUCGGAGUGGAGUACUUUGUACGGAUCUGGGCGGCUGGCUGUUGCUGUCGGUACCGAGGUUGGAGGGGAAGAUUAAAAUUCGCCCGCAAGCCAUUUUGUGUGAUCGACAUCAUGGUGUUAAUUGCCUCCAUUGCUGUGCUGGCCGCUGGGUCACAGGGGAACGUUUUUGCCACCUCCGCGCUCAGAAGUUUGCGCUUCCUACAGAUCCUGCGCAUGAUUCGAAUGGACCGCAGAGGAGGCACCUGGAAGCUUCUGGGAUCGGUGGUGUACGCCCAUAGCAAGGGAAUUCUAGGUUCCGGCUUUGCCUUGAAGGUUCAAGAGCAGCAUCGUCAGAAGCACUUUGAAAAAAGAAGAAACCCUGCAGCUGGUUUAAUUCAGGCUGCCUGGAGGUUCUACGCCACUAACCUCACUCGAACCGAUUUGCACUCUACCUGGAAUUACUACGAACGGACCGUCACCGUUCCCAUGUACAGCUCACAACCACAAACCUAUGGUGCCUCCAGGCUCAUUCCACCUUUGAAUCAGCUAGAGUUGCUGAGAAAUCUGAAGAGCAAAUCAGGAUUAACUUUCAGGAAAGAACAACAGCCAGAAUCAUCUCCAAGUCAAGCCACUCGGUGCAGAAAAUCUUUUUGUGGAUGCUGCUCAGGAAGUUCUAGUCAAAAGGUCAGCUUGAAAGAGCGUGUCUUCUCCAGCCCUCGAGGUGCGACCACGAAAAGUAAAAGUUCUCCUCAGGGGUCAAGCAUCCGAAGAUCCCCCAGUGCCGACCAGAGCAUGGAAGAUAGCCCAAGUAAAGUCCCCAAGAGCUGGAGUUUUGGAGACCAGACUCGGGCACGGCAAGCUUUUCGCAUCAAAGGAGCCGCGUCCCGUCAGAAUUCGGAAGAAGCAAGCCUCCCUGGAGAAGACAUGCCUGACCCUGACAACAAGAGCUGCCACUGUGAAUUUUUGACAGAAGACCUUACACCAGGCCUUAAAGCCAGCAUCCGGGCAGUGUGCAUCAUGCGGUUCCUGGUUUCCAAGCGAAAAUUCAAGGAGAGCCUGCGGCCGUAUGAUGUGAUGGACGUCAUUGAACAGUAUUCAGCGGGACAUCUCGACAUGCUUUCCCGGAUUAAAAAUCUUCAGUCCAGAGUUGACCAGAUCGUGGGGCGUGGACCAUCACUGACCGACAAAGACCGCACCAAAGGCUCGGCCGAAGGAGAAUUGCCAGAAGACCCGAGUAUGAUGGGCAGACUUGGCAAGGUGGAAAAACAGGUUCUCUCCAUGGAGAAGAAGUUGGACUUCCUGGUCAACAUCUACAUGCAACGGAUGGGCAUCCCGCCUAACGAAACGGAGGCCUAUUUUGGUUCCAAAGAGCCUGACCCCGCACCACCCUAUCAUAGUCCAGAGGACAGCCGGGAACACAUUGAUAAAAAUGGCUGCAUUAUCAAGAUCAUCCGCUCGACCAGUUCCAUGGGGCAGAAGAAUUACUCUGCUCCGCCACCAGCCACAACGAUGCCAAACAACUCAUGUCCUCCCUCCACCUCUUGGCAGCACUAUCCCCGUCCGAGCCACGGGUCCUCCCCGGUGGGCGAUCCUGGUCCCUUGGUGAGAAUCCCGCCGCCGCCUUCCCAUGAGCGCUCCUUGUCGGCUUACGGCAGCAACAACCGAGCCAGUUCCGAGUACGCCAAGAACGAAGAUGUGACUGCUAAACACCCCGAAAGUGCCCUGAGGGACAGCGACACUUCUAUUUCCAUCCCAUCGGUCGACCACGAGGAACUGGAGCGUUCCUUCAGCGGCUUCAGCAUUUCCCAGUCCAGAGAAAAUCUGGACAUCCUGAACAACGGUUGCUAUACCGCGGUGGCCAAAAUCAGACCUUACAUUGCAGAAGGCGAGUCGGAUACCGAUUCUGACCUCUGCACACCUUGCGGCCCUCCACCAAGGUCAGCCACGAGUGAGGGACCUUUCGGUGAUCUAGGCUGGUCAACCCCAAGACAGUGA